AACGUGACGUGCAUCUCAUCCUCCCGCAGCGUUUUUAUCUCUAAUCUGCAGCAGGAAAUUGAAAAGCAGUCGAGACGUCGCUCGUCUCGCAAGCGCAGGUCGGAUGUUCAGUACGACUAUGAGGUCUACCACUCUUUGGAAGAGAUCCAAAGGUGGAUGUUUGACAUGAACGCAACUCACUCUGACCUGCUUGACAUGUUCCUCAUUGGGAAGUCGUACCAAGGACGACCCUUAUAUGUCCUUCAGCUAGGAAAGAGAAGUCGGCCACAGAAAAAAGCCGUUUGGAUCGACUGCGGUGUCCACGCCAGGGAGUGGAUAGGCCCUGCUUUCUGUCAGUGGUUCGUCAAAGAGGCGCUGAAUUCGUACCAGUACGACUCAGGGACAAGGCGGCUGCUUAACCAGCUCAAUUUUUACAUCAUGCCUGUCUUCAAUGUGGAUGGAUACCAAUUCAGCUGGACGACGGAUCGCUUCUGGCGAAAGACACGAUCCAAAAAUCGAAAGUUCCACUGUAGGGGAGUGGAUGCCAACAGGAACUGGAAAGUCAAAUGGUGUGAAGAGGGGGCUUCUUCCCACCCCUGCGACGACACCUACUGCGGACCCUAUCCUGAGUCAGAACCAGAGGUCAAAUCUGUCGCCAAGUUCCUGCGCAAGCACAAGAAGCGCGUCAAGGCCUACAUCUCAGUACACGCGUACGCCCAGAUGCUCCUCUACCCAUAUUCGUACAAAUACGCGGCUAUCCCCAACUUUAACUGUGUGGAGUCGGCAGCACACAAUGCGGUAACAGCUCUAUACUCAGCUUAUGGAAUCAAGUAUAGAUAUGGACCUGCUUCAACAACAUUAUACGUCAGCUCAGGGAGCUCCAUUGACUGGGCCUACAGAAACGGGAUCCCAUACGCGUUCGCUUUUGAGCUUCGGGACACGGGCUAUUAUGGCUUCUUGCUACCAGAGACCCUCAUCAACCCCACGUGCACCGAGACCACGCGGGCAGUGAAGGCCAUCGCGGCGGGCCUUCUGAAAAAGUGCCAAACAGAUGUUGAAGCUUUCCCGUACAUGUGAACAAUUACCCUGUGUUUUUAUUAGAUCGCAACAAUACGUAAAAUCAGGAUAGUAAGCGGCCA